CUCAUUUACAUUGUUAGAAGCGGUGGUCGUAUUCUCACAUCAGCUACACUUUAAUGUAGAUUGUGCGACGUUCUCUUUAUUGACCCGAUGAUGCCAAGAGUAUCACAACCAAGGCGUUGUACGCCAUACACAGUUGCCGCCUGGAGAAAUACGUUGUGCGUCGAAACCUGGACCAUCAGAAUGGCGAUCUUUGGUUUUCGACAAAACACACAGACGAUGUGAUUUCAGGGAACUAUCAGAAUUUCCAAGUCAUUUUGUAAAUGUUUCUGCGAAAUGUGUAAAAUUCGUUAGUCUUAUUUGACAGCGAUCUGUUUAAUAUCAGAAGGUGAAAAUGCAUAAAUUCCCUGUGGAAGAUGCCUUGUUAUACGGUGACUAUGAUAAUACCGGAAACGGAAGUGUCCAUCCGCCAUCAAAUCACAUCGUCAUUGGACGAAGCAGGCGUGAAAUCCAGAGUAACAAUGGUAACGCUGGAAAACCGAAUAAAAAGAAGAAAGAAAAACAUCGCGAGGAGCCCUCGCCUUCGUCCUCGUCGUCUACCUCAAAGAAGUGCGCGAAUUGCUGCAGGAAAACAUUCGCAUUUUUCGUGUCUCACAUAGGCCUGUGCUCUCUAGUGGUUGGCUACUCCAUCGCCGGCGGGUUCAUCUUCAAGGAGUUAGAGGCUCCAUUCGAGGUGAAACAGAGAAACAAUGUGGCUGCUAAAAGGAAAUACUUCGUGGAGAAGCUGUGGAACGUGACAGAGGAGUUGAACAUUUUGUACAAGGACAACUGGACACUGGCGGCAGAGGAGAUGCUGACAGAUUUCCAGAUGGAGGUGUACAAGGCGACGAAGGAGAAGGGCUGGGAUGGUAAAGAUGGCGACACCGACCUACAGUGGUCAUUCUCCGGAGCGCUUCUUUACUCUGUUACUGUGAUAACGACAAUAGGCUAUGGCCACAUUGCCCCCAAAACAGCGAACGGCCGCUUGGUCACCAUUUUCUACGCGCUUCUGGGAAUUCCAUUAACUCUGCUGUGCCUGGCGAACAUUGGCCGAAUGUUUAGCGACUGUUUUAGGUUUACCUAUAAAUAUACAUGCCGAUGCCUAAAAUGGACGUUCUUACCCCAGCGGCCUAUCUUCAAACAACAAGCCGAGCGGAGAAAGAAUUCAAGCAUUAGGAAAAAAGCCAAGGAGCAGAUGUUAAAAUUAAACGAAGGAGACCCAGAGAGGGUUUUCUCUAUAGAGGAGCAGCGAGAGGCAGAAGAACGGGAAGAACCUGUGCGCGUUCCAGUUUGCAUAUCAAUGGGAGUUAUGUCCCUUUAUAUCUUUGGGGGCGCUGUUCUGUUCACGUUGUGGGAGGACAACUGGGAUUACCUGAUUGGCUCCUAUUUCUGCUUCAUCACUCUCUCCACCAUUGGGUUCGGUGACUUUGUUCCGGGAGCAAAUCUGAAUUCUUGGGCUAACCAGGAGAAGACAAUCCUUUGUACUUUAUACCUUGUCUUCGGCCUUUCCUUAAUCGCCAUGUGCUUCAAUCUCAUGCAAGAAGAGGUGAAACUCAAGUUUAGGUGGCUGGCCACAAAACUCAACAUCAUAGAAGGUAAUAAGCGGAAAGGAUAGUCUUAGCUGCUGACGAGUACUCAAAGAAUUCCAGGGAGCCGGAUAUACCAGAGUAAAUUACACGACUCGCUUAUUCCUACAAACAUUCGCCUUAUUCUUCCUGACAGGAAAGCUCACAGCUUUCUGUCCGUUUGUACAAGUAUAGUUAUGCUCCCGUGUUGCUGCUCCCCGCGUUGUCGAAGCCUUAAGUUAGUUCAGUGCUGUUUAGAACUGCUGAAGGGAGUCGCUGGAAUCUAUGUAAAACAUGUUACCUUCCCAAGAUGCAUCUCUGCUCUGUCGUGAGACUAAGGGAGUCAUGGUGAUAUUUUCAUUGGUAGCUCGGUGGCGAUAAGGCCAGGUUCUUCUCCUACCAUGCAGAGCUUUGACGUCAUGUUUGUCUCUAAUUUUGCAAAUCAAAAAUCGAUUUCAUUGGUCAGCACAAUCAAUCUAUCCGCUAAACUUCCCAUUAUUUGUGUGUAGACUGUGUUAAGUACAACUUCCAUGAUUUCAUAACCGCAGUAUCGAAACCAGAACAGUUUGCACAUUUUGUAAUUGAGUCUUAAUCAAUGGCAAAACCAACGAUGUGAUAUUAGAUGAGGUUUGAUAAAUAAGUCAACGAGGUUAUAGUGAUGCAAAUUUUGUUACUAGGGCUGGUCUGUUGGAUUGUUUGUUAAUACCAUACUCGAGGUUAGUAGAGCACAGCAUGUUGUUUUUUUAAAUAAACUGUCACU